AUGGUCAAGGACAGCGACGUCAGCCACCUGGGUGAAUCGUAUCAGGAGGCGGGGGGCCCCGCGUCUGGGCUACUGGCACUGUCGUGUGGCAUGCUUUUGGCGUGCGCUUGCGCCAUGCCGGUGGUGCCUGACCUGAAGGUGACACUGGUGGCGCUGGGCAUGUUCAUUUGGGCGGUGUUCCAGACAGCGUGCACCCCCCUUCCGACUAUAAUUUUCAUGUGUGUGUUGUGUGUGACGGCUGUGUUUGGCGCCGAGCAGCCGCCGGCCGCUGCCGCCACCGCGCGGGUUCACACAGACAGCAUGAAGGAGGGCGCAGCAGGCGGGGUCGCAGGGCACAAGGAGGCUGGCGCUAAAGCCGCCUCCGUGCCCGCUGGGCAGCGCACUGCGGGGACUACUCCGGGACACCUUGAAAAAAGACACGGCAAAAAGCGGAAGUAG